AAUCGAUUAAACACUCAAACAAAACCUUACAGAAUUAUCUACACAAUGAAAAAAACAAAAUCAAAAUCCAUAAAGUAAACAAAAAGUUAUGAUAAAAUCAAUCAAAGCUAAAAGCACACCAAUACAAUACACAAAAGCACCUAUCCACAUCCAUUAACCUCCGCAUCCUUACAUUCGUAAUCCUAAAUUAUAAACCGUCGAUAGAUUUAAAUCCAACGGUUGAAAUUCAAACCUGAGUUGAUACACCGAUCCGAGUACUCAUCAUUUUAACCAAUCAGAGAAGAGAUUACAAACUCUGUCUCAUAAACACAUCUGACUAUAUAAACAUCAUUCCCAUAGUUCUUCUCCUUCUCCUCAUCACAAAAUUCUCCGACGCAUUACAUUUUCUUCCGAUCAAUACAGAGAGAUCAGUUUCUGAGAGAGAAGAAGAUGUCUAUAGAGGAAGAAAACGUUCCAACGACUGUUGACUCAGGAGCUGCCGAUACAACGGUGAAAUCUCCGGAGAAGAAACCGGCGGCGAAAGGUGGUAAAUCUAAGAAGACGACGACGGCUAAAGCAACGAAGAAGCCUGUGAAAGCUGCUGCUCCAACGAAGAAGAAAACAACUUCCUCUCACCCUACCUAUGAAGAGAUGAUUAAAGAUGCGAUUGUAACGUUGAAGGAGAGAACUGGAUCUAGUCAAUACGCGAUUCAGAAAUUCAUAGAGGAGAAACAUAAAUCACUGCCUCCUACUUUUAGGAAGCUUUUGCUUGUGAAUCUCAAGAGACUUGUUGCUUCUGAGAAAUUGGUUAAAGUCAAAGCUUCUUUUAAGAUUCCUUCUGCUAGAUCCGCAGCAACACCUAAACCGGCUGCUCCGGUUAAGAAGAAGGCAACUGUAGUAGCUAAACCUAAGGGUAAGGUUGCUGCUGCUGUUGCUCCUGCUAAAGCUAAAGCGGCGGCUAAAGGAACUAAGAAGCCUGCGGCUAAAGUUGUUGCUAAGGCUAAGGUUACUGCUAAACCUAAGGCUAAGGUUACUGCUGCUAAACCUAAGUCUAAGUCUGUUGCUGCUGUUUCCAAGACUAAAGCUGUUGCUGCUAAGCCUAAGGCUAAGGAGAGACCAGCUAAAGCUUCUAGGACUUCGACUAGAACAUCUCCAGGGAAAAAAGUUGCUGCUCCUGCUAAGAAAGUGGCUGUGACUAAGAAGGCUCCGGCUAAGAGUGUGAAGGUGAAGUCUCCGGCGAAGAGAGCUUCGACUAGGAAGGCUAAGAAGUGAAGAAGAUUGGUUUAGGAUAGGUUUUGGGGGGAGAUUGAAUACAUGGUGGUGGUUAGCUUCUAUAGGGUAGUCUUGUAUAAUUGAAUCAUCCUUGAAGGAGCUUGCUUUCCAAAGUUUUUUACUUGUUUCUUUGGUUUCUUCUUGAAACUUUUUUUUUUCUUCUUUGUAAGUUUUGGUUUGUUUGAAUUUUAAGCUUUUUGAUCAAUAGCUAUAAUGUGAUGGUUUCUUCACUCUUUUACUUGUUCAGAAACUGUUAUAGAAGCUUUCCAUUUCAAGCAAAUGACAUUCACAUGUUUAGUUCUGUCUUACUGUAUCAUUGUCUUUGUGGAUUCUUCAGUUGUGGUUUUGAAGGAACUGGUCUCUCUUAAGAACAAGCUUGACCAAUGUUAAGGUGAGAUUCAUAUGUUUUCCUCUG